UGUAAUAAAUUAAAAAUCCAUUUAAAAAACAUUUAAAACUGGAAUCAGUGGUUUAUUCAGUGUUGCUGUUUCUCAAUAUUGACGAAACCUGUUACUGUUCAGUUAGGAGUCAAUUCUAAGUGUAAUUUUAGUCGUAUUUAGACUUUUUUUUUUUUUUUAGUAUUUUACCAACACAUCUGAGCUAACUGUUGAUAUUCAACAGUUUUGUCUUAUGUCCACUGUCUCUACGUUGUUACAUUUUCCUAUAAAGGUAAAUAUGUACUAGCUAGCAAAACAGCGGACGGUAGGUGCCGCAUUAGCCGGUGUUGCUAGCCUCAGUGGAAAGGGACGGAUUUUAAAUUGUAACUCGAUGCGAGACUGAAGACAUCCGGGAAAUAAACUAACUCGCUUUAAGUUUUCAGAAGCAACCCUACUAUCAAAAGCAUGACUUUGUUACUUAUAUAGGUCAUAAAUUUCUGUGUGGUUUAAAUAAAUAAUAUAUAUGCACUGUAAAUAUUUUCACUGAGCUUAAAAUUAAAAAGUGAUCGUGUAGUCAACUAGAGCAGACACUUUGUUAAAACUUUACACCUGUUAAAAACGACUCAUUCUUUUUUUAUUAUUAUUAUUUUUAGAGCAAAUUGAAAUCGAUGCGCUCGAAUUGAAAAGGUGACCCAUCCAAAAUGGCGUCGCCGUUAACAUGUCUGGUUUUGUCGAACGUACGCAUUCUCUAUUUCCGUUUGACCGCACAGAUAGGUUUACAUUCACCAUGGAAACCGCUACUAUGGCUACCGCGGGUGACACAGACACUAGCUAAGAUAGGUUAGCGUGGAUAAAAGGUCUCAGGGGAUUUUUUAAAUUUUAAGAGUAACUGGAGCGAAAGUGACAUAUUAAAAGUAUUUACAUGAAUUUUUUAAAAGAUUAGAAGUGUAUAAUGUCUGUGAAUACAGCGCGCGAGCUUCCGUUCCUGCCAGGAAACACAUUCCGGGACACAACGAAGUCGGCCUUCCACAGAGCGCAGACUUUAUCCUAUAAGAAUGGCUACGCGCUACCCAUCCGGCCCAAAGUGGGGAUCGGACAGCAGCCUUUAACCUCAGAAAACCUCCUCCAUAACGAGAUGAACCAGCUCUCCAUCCAGACAUCCAUCACCUCACGCGACACGUCCACACGCACUCCUCCAAGCGACUUCAUCCCGGCCCACGUCGCCUACGACAAGAAGGUUCUGCGUUUCUAUGGCUACUACCAGCAGGAGGUGCUGGACUCGCCGGAGGAGCGGUGGCGCGUGCGUCCCGUCGUGUUCUAUUACUACCUGGAGGACGACAGCAUGUGCGUGAUGGAGCCGGAGGUGGAAAACUCGGGAAUGCCGCAGGGGAAACUGCUCAAACGCCAGCGGCUGCCCAAGAACGAGCGCGGAGAACACUACCACUGGAAAGACCUGAACCUCGCUGCGGACCUGCGCGUGUACGGCACCGUGUACAGAAUCACACACUGCGACGCCUGCACACAGGAGUUCAUGGAGAGUCAGGGGAUAGCCCUGAACGACCCAGAACCGACCCCCAGUGACCCCUACACGACCCGCCGAGCUCAGCCCGAACGCACUUUCAUUACAGCAUCAGAAUAUGACCACCUCAAACAGUUCCUCACUAUGGACCGCAAGGUGCUGCGGUUCUUCGCUCUGUUGGAUGACUCAGACUCUCUGUACGGUGAGAAGAGGCCUGUAACCAUACAGUAUUAUCUGGUGGAUGAUUCAGUGGAGAUGCGCGAGAUUCGGGAGCCCAACAGCGGCAGAGACUCGUUUCCCCUGCUGCUGCGGAGACAGAGGAUUCAUAAAGACAUCAAACCAGCCUGCCAGCCGUUCCCUAGCUGUGUUCUGGAAGUGUCUCCACAUGAGGUUGACGAGUAUUACUCUCCAAAGGACUUCCGGGUCGGGGAGAAACUGAAGCUUAUGGGAAAGCACUUCCUGCUGUAUGACUGUGACGAGUUCACCCGGAAGUACUAUGAGCAGCAUCACCCUGACAUCCUGCUCAAGCCCCUCCCACUGGAGAAAAGGCCUGAGCAAGUGUGCAAGAGGGUGAUCCCACCAUACAACGGCUUCGGGUUGCUUGAGGACUCUCUCCAAAACUGUCUGACUUUGAUUCCUAAGCCUCCCAAGAAAGACCUGAUAAAACUGCUGGAAAAUGACCACAAAGUGCUCCGCUACGCUGCCAGGCUGGACUCCCAGAAUCCUCAGGACGAGGGCCGUCGCUUCAUCCUCUACUACUUCCUGUCUAACAACAUGAUCAGCAUCUUCGAGAAGUCCACGCGCAACUCAGGCAUCAUCGGAGGAAGAUUCCUGGAGAAGACGCGCAUUCCCAAACCGGGAAGCACGGUGGAAAACCCGGAGUACUACGGACCAGCUGAUUUUGCCAUAGGAGCCACGGUGGAGGUGUUUGGAUGGCGGUUCGUUCUGACGGACGCUGAUCAGUACGUACUCGAUCACCUCGAAUCGGUGGCAGAACAGGAGCGAAUCCCGGAGCAGACCCUCUCCUCACUCCGCCGAGCUCUGGGGAAGAACGAGGCCUCGAGCCUGAACCCACCCUCAGAUACAGAGCUUACACACUCACCCUGAAGACCGCAACUACGGCGUGGACACGUCUUUGAUCUUUUUCAAAGUAUUUACCCUCCUGCAUUAUCAACUUUUCUGUGUUCUGACAAGAUGAUCUCCAGUAUUGCAAUUUUCAUACCUGUGCGAGCCAAAUACGCAUUCUUCCCUACAGUCAUUAUUAAACGAAACGCGCAUUGCCUUCUUUACACACUUACAGUACAAUGACAUGCAUGCACACACAAGCUAACACACACACCAAGAAAAUAAAGUGCAAGCACACACACACACACACACACACACAGACACUAUCACACACUAUCUACCACACUACACUCUUCAGUUUUAACUCUUUAGCGACAGAACUAUUCCUGUAGUAUAUUCCUGUGGAAAUAAAGCCACUAUGCUUGUGA